AUGGAGAUGCAACCCCUUGCUUCUUUCCUCUGCUGUGUAUUGCUUCUUCAGUUCUCUAUCGGAAGCCAUGCUCUCGAAAUUUACGAGAAAACCAUGAGAAACGACCCUGAAAAUGUUGUGAAGCGCAAAGAACAUCAUGAUAAUCUAUAUUUAAGCGUCUUUUUCAAAGUCAACGAUCUACACAUUGGCAAAAGAAUGCCAAUCUAUUUUGCUAGAAAUGACGAUCCAAACCGAACACAUCUACUAUCUCGAGAAGAAGCCGAUUCGAUCCCUUUCUCGUCGCAAAAACUCCCAUAUCUUCUUGAUUUUUUCUCAGUCUCUAAGAAUUCCCCGCAAGCUAAGGCCAUGAAAACCACACUCACCCUAUGUGAACUCAAGCCUAGAGAGGAUGAAUACAAGUCUUGUGUCACCUCAUUGGAGUCCUUGAUGGACAUGACACGUGGCUUUUUUGGUACGGUAAAACCUAAUCUGUUGACCACCAAAAUCAUAAGUUCCAAUCAUACCAUUUUCCAGUGGUAUACUUUUGUUGAGAAGCCAGUGGAGAUCCAUGUGUCUAAAGUGGUGGCUUGUCAUACCAAGGCCUACCCUUAUUUGGUUUACUACUGCCAUGGGGAUAAGGAUAAUUUCACUAGGGUAUUUAAGGUUGCAUUAAGGGGGGAUCAGAAUGGUGAGAGAGUGGAAGCUAUUGCUACUUGCCACAUGGACACGUCCAAGUGGGAUCCAAACAACGUGGUGUUUGAGGUGCUCGGAGAACAGCUUGGUUCUCCGGUGUGCCAUUUUCUGCCGGCUGAUAAUCUUGUUUGGGUCGCAUCUUCUUAGUUACAUGGUUUGUAAUAGAAAUCGAAAACUAAAUAAAUGACCAAUAUUAUUUGUGUGUGGGAA